AUGGCGGAAGGCGGCGAGGGCGUCAAGGUGGCGGAGGUGAAGGACCUCACGCGGAUCGAGCGCAUCGGCGCGCACUCGCACAUUCGCGGACUCGGCCUCGACGACGCGCUCGAGGCGAGGAAAGUGUCGCAGGGGAUGGUCGGGCAGGUCAACGCGCGCAAGGCCGCGGGCGUGAUCCUCUCCAUGAUCCGCGAGGGCGCGAUCGCGGGCCGCGCCGUCCUCCUCGCGGGCCAGCCCGGCACGGGCAAGACCGCGAUCGCGAUGGGCAUGGCGAAAGCGCUCGGCGAGGAGACCCCGUUCGCGAUGAUGGCCGGCUCGGAGAUCUUCUCGAUGGAGAUGUCGAAGACGGAGGCGCUGACGCAAGCGUUUCGCAAAGCCAUCGGCGUGCGCAUCAAGGAAGAGACGGAGAUCAUCGAGGGCGAGGUCGUGGAGAUCGAGAUCGACCGACCGGUCACCUCCGGCGCGGCGCCGAAGAUGGGCAAGCUCACGCUCAAGACGACGGAGAUGGAGACGGUGUACGACCUCGGGCAAAAGAUGAUCGAGUCGCUGAACAAGGAAAAAGUAAGCGCCGGCGACGUCGUCACCAUCGACAAGGCGUCCGGACGCAUCACGAAGCUCGGUCGGUCGUUCGCGCGCUCGCGCGAUUACGACGCCAUGGGCGCGCAGACGAAGUUCGUGCAGUGCCCCGAGGGCGAGCUCCAGAAGAGGAAAGAGGUUGUCCACGUCGUCACCCUGCACGAGAUCGACGUCAUCAACUCGCGGACGCAGGGAUUCCUCGCACUGUUCGCGGGCGACACCGGAGAGAUUCGGCCGGAGGUGCGCGAACAGAUCGACGCGAAGGUGGCGGAGUGGCGCGAGGAGGGUAAAGCCGAGAUCGUGCCGGGCGUGCUGUUCAUCGACGAGGUGCACAUGCUCGACAUCGAGUGCUUCUCGUUCCUCAACAGGGCGCUCGAGAACGACAUGGCGCCCGUGCUCGUAGUCGCGACGAACCGAGGGAUCACGAAGAUUCGCGGGACCAACUACAAGUCCCCGCACGGGAUCCCGAUCGAUCUGCUGGACCGCCUUCUCAUCGUGACCACGGUGCCGUACACGGAGCGAGAGUUGCGGUUGAUUCUGGACAUCCGGUGCGAGGAAGAGGACGUGGAGAUGACCGAAGACGCGAAGGAUCUGCUGUGUAAAAUCGGACACGAGACGAGUUUGCGGUAUAGCAUCCACCUCAUCACCGCCGCGGCGCUCGUCGCGCACAAACGCAAGUCCGCGGAGGUGGAAGUCGAGGACAUCUCGAGGGUGUACGCGCUGUUCCUGGACGUGCAGCGCAGCACGCAGUUCAUGGUCGAGUACCAAGAGCAGUUCAUGUUCAACGAAGUCCCGGAGGAGUGCGGCGACGAGAUGGACGUGUGA